UGUGUGGCAGGCCUUCUUGAGGCGCUGGUGAUAAUGGUUGACUGUGAUAAUCCCCUGAAGAAACAAUGAACGAAAUGAAUGAGUCCAUCAGUGUGAAGUGACCUCCAUGAGACCUGACUUCAGAGUGUCCAUCCAGGAAGGCAGAGCGGUCCCCACGCUGGAGAUGAGGGAGGAUGACAGUUUCUGAGACUGACUGUUAAACGGCUCCGAGGGGUCCCCCCAUUCAAAAUGCCUUUCAAAGCAUUGGAUACCUUCAAAGAAAAAAUUCUGAAGCCUGGAAAGGAAGGAGUGAAGAAUGCCGUGGGAGAUUCGUUGGGGAUGUUACAAAGAAAAAUCGAUGGGACCAACGAGGAAGCAAAUGACAUUGAGCUGAAUGAGGAAGGAAGGCCAGUGCAGACGCCCAGGCAGAGCGCCCCGCUCUGCGACUGCCAGUGCUGUGGCGUCCCCAAGCGGUACAUCAUUGCCAUCAUGAGCGGGCUGGGAUUCUGCAUUUCCUUCGGAAUUCGGUGCAACCUCGGAGUUGCCAUCGUGGAAAUGGUCAACAACAGCACCAUCUACGUUGAUGGAAAACCGGAAAUUCAGAUAGCACAGUUUAACUGGGAUCCAGAGACGGUGGGCUUUAUCCAUGGCUCUUUUUUCUGGGGUUAUAUUGUGACCCAAAUUCCAGGUGGUUUCAUUUCAAACAAGUUUGCUGCUAACAGGGUCUUUGGAGCCGCCAUCUUCCUAACGUCGACCUUGAACAUGUUCAUUCCUUCUGCAGCCAGAGUGCAUUACGGCUGCGUCAUGUGUGUCAGGAUUUUGCAAGGUCUGGUGGAGGGUGUGACCUACCCAGCCUGCCACGGGAUGUGGAGUAAGUGGGCGCCACCUUUGGAGAGAAGCCGACUGGCCACGACCUCUUUUUGUGGUUCCUAUGCGGGGGCAGUGAUCGCCAUGCCCCUGGCGGGGGUGUUGGUACAGUACAUUGGCUGGGCCUCCGUCUUUUAUAUUUAUGGUAUGUUUGGCAUUAUUUGGUACAUGUUUUGGCUGUUGCAGGCCUAUGAGUGCCCGGCAGCUCACCCAACAAUAUCCCAGGAGGAGAGAACCUACAUAGAGACAAGUAUUGGAGAAGGAGCCAACGUGGUUAGCCUAAGUAAAUUUAAUACACCAUGGAAAAAAUUUUUCACAUCAUUGCCGGUUUAUGCAAUCAUUGUGGCAAAUUUUUGCAGAAGCUGGACCUUUUAUUUGCUGUUAAUAAGUCAGCCUGCUUAUUUUGAAGAGGUCUUUGGAUUUGCAAUAAGUAAGGUGGGGCUCUUGUCGGCACUCCCACACAUGGUUAUGACCAUCAUUGUGCCUGUUGGAGGACAACUGGCAGAUUAUUUAAGAAGCAGACAAAUUUUGACCACAACUGCUGUCAGAAAAAUCAUGAACUGCGGAGGUUUUGGCAUGGAGGCAACCUUACUCCUGGUGGUUGGCUUUUCCCAUACCAAAGGGGUGGCUAUCUCCUUUCUGGUGCUGGCUGUGGGGUUUAGUGGCUUUGCUAUUUCAGGUUUUAAUGUCAACCACCUGGACAUUGCCCCCCGUUACGCCAGCAUUCUCAUGGGCAUCUCCAACGGAGUGGGAACCCUCUCUGGAAUGGUCUGUCCACUCAUUGUUGGUGCAAUGACCAAGCACAAGACCCGCGAGGAAUGGCAGAAUGUGUUCCUCAUCGCUGCCCUGGUGCACUACAGUGGCGUGAUCUUCUAUGGGGUCUUUGCUUCGGGAGAGAAACAGGAGUGGGCCGACCCUGAGAACCUCUCCGAGGAGAAGUGUGGAAUCAUCGACCAAGAUGAAUUAGCCGAGGAGAUAGAACUCAACCAUGAGAGUCUUGCAAGUCCCAGAAAGAAGAUGUCGUAUGGAGCCACCACCCAGAAUUGUGAAAUCCAGAGGAAGGAAUGGAGAGGGCAGGGGGGAGUGACCCUUGAUGAGGGAGAGCUGACAUCGUACCAGAAUGAAGAGGGAAGCUUCUCCGAUACAGCCUAAUGUCUGAGGGGCACUUCUGUCUUCCCCUCACCUUAGAACCAGAAAGUAUCCAUACCUAUUGCCUUCCCCGUAGCCCAGCUUGCCAGGGGGUUAAAUAUGGGGACCCUGGAGGUGGGGGAGGGGGAGAGAAGAUUUAAUCAGCAAUAGAGAAAAGAGAUAUUAUCUUGCAAUGACAUUUAUGGGUAUGGAAUUUACGCUAAGUUGACAAAAUAGGUAUAUUUAUAUAUAU